UGUGGGGAUGAUGUCGACUUCACCUUGCUCUUUGAGGAUGCGGUGCUGUUGCUGGCGCCUGCAGUGCUGAGCAUCCUCGUCGGGGUGUGCCGUGUGGCCUUUCUUCGAAGCCGUCCUUCCAAAGUCCGCGCAUCUUUGAACAAUUGGGUCAAAAUAGUCUUCCACGUUACUCAUAUCCUCCUACAACUUGUCUCACUAGUCAUCUGGACUCUCCCAUCGACUCCGAAGACCAGUCUCUCCCUUCCAGCCUCGGUCGCAUCCCUCGUCGCCGCGAUCACAGCGUUUUACCUCUCUCACUUGGAGCACUUCCGAUUGCUCCGUCCUUCCACAUGUCUCGUUCUUCAUUACCUGGUCCUUUGGCUGUUGGGGAUUCCCCGGGCACGAACACUGCUCUCCGUCUCGGGCCUCCACUCUCUAGCGUCAAUCCACAUCGCGACUUUGGUGGUGAUCUUUGCCCUAGUCAUUCUAGAGUCCAUGGAGAAAACGCACAGAAGUCUACCUCAUUACCGCCCGGAUUCUCUGGAAAUGGGGGCGGGCGCCAUUAGUCGGAGUCUGUUCUGGUGGCUCAACCCGCUGCUUCUGCAAGGGUGUAAGGGAACGCUGCUGAUGCGCGACCUAUUAAGGAUCGAUGGCUCUAUCUGCGCCGACGAAACGGAUCAGGCGCGACUAGUUCAAGGAUGGGCACGGUGUAGAGAACACGGCAAAUGGUAUCACACAUCGUUACCUCUGUUCCAGGUGUUGAAAUGGGAACUCCUCCGGGGUGCCAUUCCUCGACUGGCUCAGGGAGGGUUUCUGCUGUCGCAGCCCUACUUGAUCAAGCAGGCCAUCAUCCUCUUUGCCAUGCCGGACUCGACGACCAACUACAAGAAAGGAAUGUUGCUUACGGCGGCGUUCGCGCUGGCCUUCGUCGGCAUCGGGGUGGCUACUACACGAGCACGACACCAUUCAAACCGCCUCGCGAGCAAGUUGCGAGGCAUCCUCAUGGCCAUCCUAUACGAUAAGGUCUUCGAAUUGCAACUGCAGCCGCAUGAUGUCGCAACAGUAACGACAAUGAUCACCACACACACUGAGCGGAUCACGACCGGCAUGCAAAUGAUCCAAGAUACAUGGGGUUGCUUGACCGAAGUCAUCCUCAUCGUUUGGCUACUGUCGGAUCCGCUGCGUAUAGCAGACUUGGCGCCUGCAAUCAUCUCUCUCGUCUGCGGGGUUUCCGUUGCCGGUGCAGUAGGCUAUCUAGUCCAAAGGCAGACUCUGUGGUUAAAGGCUAUUAAGACUCGGGUCGGGGCCACGGCUGCGAUGCUCAAAGCGAUGAAACCUAUCAAGAUGUCAGGAAUGGGGCGAAUAUUGUUCGACCAGAUGACCUCCUUUCGAGACGACGAAGUGCGGUGCUCUCGCGGGUAUCGGAUGCUUCUCACCGUUAUUACAUUGCUAGUCCACGCGAAUACCUUUGUCACGCCAGUCGUGGCACUUUCGAUGUACAAUUUGAUUGCGCGCCAGAAAGAAUGGAUCGAGACGCUCGACAGCGCACGAGCCUUCACUGCCCUCGCGUUUCUGACCAUUCUGGCUUCCUCGUUCGUCGGUUUUCUGCAGUCACUGACGGAGCUCUCCACGGCGUUGGGGUGCAUCGACGGCAUCCGAGAGUUUGUGUUGCAGCCACCCCGUGCGGAGGGUCGGUGUUUUCCAGAAGCGUACGGGCUCAUGUUAUUUCAGGAUGUGAUCUUGUCCAAAGCCAGUCGUUCCGGGCAUGUUGUUGCAGAGGAUGUCUCCCUAGCCUGGAAGGAUGGGGCGCCGAUCUUACAAGACCUUUCAUUUGUGCUCAACCGUGGAACACUCGUGAUGGUGAAUGGGCCUGUUGGAGGCGGGAAGUCUAUGCUCCUCCGCGCAAUGCUCGGUGAGAUUCCCAAGGUCAGUGGAAAGCUAACCGUGGCAGCACGCAGUGUCGCCUACUGCGCUCAGUCACCAUGGAUCGUGUCCGGCACCAUCCAAGAAAAUAUCCGCGGCCCGGGAAGUGGCGUACGUUCCUUGCAGGCUUGGUAUGCUACUGUUCUAGACGCUUGCGACCUGCAUAAGGACCUGGCCAGUCUGCCAGAAGGAGAUCUCACGGUUGUUGGCGGACAAGGGAUAGGUCUCAGUGGGGGUCAGCAACAGCGAUUGGCUCUGGCACGAGCGAUCUUCUGCCAAGCCGAUCUUGUGCUCCUCGACGAUGUAAUGAGUGGUUUGGACCCGGCCACAGAGGAGCACAUCUUCCACCGAGUGUUGGGGCCCCAUGGCUUGCUCAGAACCGCCGGGGUGACUGUCGUUGUGGCAUCCAGUUCACCUCGCUGGCUUGCAUUCGCCGAUCAGGUGCUUACAGUAGGUGCGGAUGGAUCGGUGACAAGCUCGACGCCACGUGUCUCGUCCGAUCCCACCAUCUCGCAUGAUAACGCAUCCUCUGUGACUCUGGUAGCUGCGGCAGAACUCUCUGGGGUCGCCUCUCCAGCGCAGGCCGACGAGGAGAAAACCCCAGUGCAGGAAAAGCCGGCGGCUGACCGGGAUUUGGCGGACAUUUCUAUCUAUCGGUACUACCUCGCCACCGCGCCGUCGGCCGCCUGGCUGUUGGUUUAUGGCUCGCUGGCUGCGCUAGUCGCGCUGCAUACUUUUAUGUCUGUCUGGGUCAAAUGGUGGGCCGAGGAUAACGACCGAGAACCCAACCGCAACCUCAACAUGCGAGUUGGGGUCUAUUGGCUCCUUGGGGCUCUAGUCGCCGGCUUCUUUCUCUUGACUCCGUGCCUCUGGAGCCUGGUGGCUCCCCGAACCAUGGUAGCUCUCCAUCGAGAUCUUCUCCAGACUGUGCUGAAUGCCCCGUUUUCAUAUCUCUCGUCUUUGGAGGCAGGUGGAACAUUGAACCGGUUCAGUCAGGACCUUGAACUCAUUGAUUUUCAAGUGCCCGAGUUCCUUAUGCUGUUCUCUCUUACUCUGCUCAUGUGCAUCGCGCAGAUGAUUGUCAUCGCCAUCCAGGUUCACUACGCGGCCGCCGCGCUGCCCGCCUGCCUCGUGGUCUUCUACGUGGUGCAGAGGUUCUACACGCGCACUUCGCGCCAGCUCCGGAUCCUGGACCUCGAAGCCCGCGCUCCCCUGCUGUCGCUGCUGCUGGAGACCAUCCAGGGGCUCGAGACGAUCCGCGCGUUUGACUGGUCGAACAGGUACAGGCAACGGUGCCAUGGGCUGUUGGUGGAAGCGCAGAAGCCGUUUUACCUGCUGUACGCCGUGCAAAUGUGGCUCGCUUUGGUGCUAGAUCUCAGCCUGGCCGGGUUCGUCGUGGUGGUCAUGGGGGUCGGCGUCACCAGCCUGGGAAAGAUCUCCCCGGCGGCGAUGGGCUUGGCCCUCGUCAACAUUAUCGCCUUUGGCACCUCCGUCAAGCUUCUGACCACCUACUGGGCGUCCCUGGAAACCUCGUUGGGGGCGGUCGCGCGGAUCAAGUCGUUUGUGGAACGGACCCCUUCCGAAAUCCUUGUGCGUCCUUCGCAUGAGUCGUCAGAACAUUUACCGCAAAACUGGCCGGUCGAAGGCUCUGUUAAUUUCCGGAAGGUAUCCGUCGCCUAUGGUGCUCAAUCGACCCCUGCCGUGCGAAAUGUAUCACUAUCAAUUCCCGCUGGCCAGAAAUUGGCCAUCUGUGGCCGCACAGCAAGUGGCAAAACCUCUCUCAUCACCGCCAUUUUCAGUAUAUCCGACCUCACCGAAGGGGGGAUCUUCAUUGACGGCAGGGACAUCUCGACCAUCGACCGGACCUUCCUCCGUACAGCCAUCGUUGGGGUGCCCCAGGAUUCCUUCAUCCUGGAGGGCUCUAGUUUCCGGCGCAACCUUGAUCCAUUCGAUGCACACGGUGACGACACGGUGGUUAUGGAAGCGUUGUCCACCGUGGGCCUCGGUCAUCUCCUCAACCCGACUCUCGGGUUGGACACCGUCAUCGACGAGAACACCAUGACUCCCGGUCAGAAGCAGCUGCUCUGCCUGGCGCGGGCCAGCCUGCGCCCGGGGCGGGUAGUGGUCCUCGAUGAGCCGACGAGUAGCGUCGAUGAAGAGACAGAAGCCCAGAUGCAAUCGAUCAUCCAGACCGCAUUUGCCGGCCGGACAGUCAUCAUGGUCACGCACCGGAUCCGGGCCGUGAUCGAGUACGGUUUCGAUCGGGUCGUCGUCAUGCGGGACGGGGAGAUUGUCGAGGACGGGGCACCGCAGGAGUUG